AUCGCAAUAAUCCAAAUUUAUGCCUCAACUUCAAUACCAGUACCGGUAGCCUCCUGGCUGCAUUUGGCACGUCGAUACCAAUUGCAAAACUGAGAGUUUGCCCGUAUACUCAUGCCCAAUGGCCUCCGUUAUUCGACCUUUUAUAACUCGCCGUGUAAUCGUACCCCUGCCGAGGAUCGCUCCGAGAAUCCAACGCCGGAAUGCCCGGGUCCAGAACGUCCGGUUUCUGCAAACACCCACGGCACAUCUCAUAUUAGAGAAAUAUCGUGACAAACUCGAGGCCAAGAUCAAAAGGUAACCUCCUGCAUUGAUUCACUAUUAGCGAUUACCGGUACUGAUUCGACUGACAAAAGCCAAGCGAGGGGUUAGGCUCGCUUGAAGAACUUCGAGAGGUGUAUCGAGACAGGAUUGACAAAGUGCAGAAGGAGUCUGCGCCGCCACCGUCACCUAUCGACGCGUUAUCACAAGAUCCUCCCCCAGCCCUGCCAUCUGUAAAGGCUUCCUCUACGCCCUCGCCAUUUUUUAUUCAAUCGAUAGGGGCGAAACACACCGACACCCCACCCCCGGGCGUGAAAACACUCUCGUCGUUUGUCGAUGUGGACAAGCUCGCUACGCACUCCGAUCCGAAGGAGAUAGAAUUCAUAUGGAGAGCUCGCUUUCUCGAUGAUAAGAAUAGCCUCUGCGCAGUGAUUCCUAAGGAUACAUAUGCUAAACUUGAAAAGUCUGCCAGUCAACACCCGAUGGUAUUCCCUUCCCUUCUCUAUUACACGCUCAUACGGCUAACACGCUUCUCCAAUGAGUUCAUCCUCCCACUCCCCCGGGAUAGCGGUGUCGAAAUGCACUUUCUUCAAUGGACCUUCCCAACACCGUGUACCUCCACGAUUAUCUUCACCUCACUCGCCGAAUACAAGUUGAAGGGGGAAUUUGCCGUGCCACAUACCACGCUCGCUCACCACCUCGAACUAGCAGAUGAUAAGGGUAUUGUAUUAGCACAGGGUUCUGUGACACCUGGCAGAGGGGUUUCUGCUGGUGAUGCUAGAUGGCUGGUAAUGGCCCUCCAGAAGUUUUACGGGGCUCUGGAGAGUGAGGAGAGCGGAGCGAGGAGGAAAAGGUUGUUAGAGAUGUUCUCGAAGGGUGACGGUGGAUUUAAAGUACGGAGCCUGAUCGAAGAGGUGGAGACGUGGGGUUGAAUUCGUUCGUGUGUCUAGAUCCACCACUUGUAGAUAGACCCUGCUAGGCGUAGGCCACUGCACAUGUAGAUGGCAAGGUACACAAAAGGUUCAUCCCGCUCAACUUUUUAUGAGCGAUUGGGCUUUGAACACU